AACGCGAUCUUCUCUUUUUUCUGUCUACUUUUAUUUCAUCAUUUUCGAAGUAUCGAAUCGAUAUGUAUUAGAAAGGACAAGCAUAACCUUUUAGCGUUGAGUUUUAUAAAUUUUUAUUUCGACCAAAAUUAAUUGAAAAAUUUUCUGUUUGGCAUAAUGUUUAAUAAUUACAAAAAUUCCAACGAAUGUACGAAAAAAUCGUCACCAGAAAGUUUCUCGUCAAGACGAAUCGGUGAUGCGAGGGAAAUCAACAGCUGUGAAGGUCCUCCUCAAAUGGGAUGUUGCUCCUGGAAGCAAACUUGCUGCGGCGGCGGUUGUUGCGAACCGAUUUUGCCGAACUGCUGUAAUAGCGAGCAAAAAAACGCUAGGCCUCUCCAAAAUGCAAUGGUUGCAUCUGCUUACAGUCCUUGGGAAAUGACGAUGAAUGGAACGACUCUAUCAUCGAUCCUUGGGAACAAUGAAACGGAGGAAGUAUUGUGUUCGAAUCUGCCGAAAACAACGACAUGCUACGGCGGAGAAUGCGGUAAAACUCCAAGCCAAAAUAGAAGUACAAGGAACACGGAGGAAACAAAAACCGAUUCGGAUUUUUCCACUAUACGAGACUCCGAUCGAUAAAAAUAAGAAACUUAUUUGGCUAAAGCAAUCACUAUCGACAGCUAUAUUCACCCGGAAAUUGGAGAAUCACUCUGUGCGAUACGAAACGGAACGAGACCAACAUUGCCAAUAGUUUCUACAUUUUAUCUAUAUACAUGGAGUAUUAAGAAGAACUUAAAGUUCAGGGAAUGCAAUAUUCAUUAACCCGAGAAGAAGAUACUUACAAAAACAAGAAGAAAGAAAGAAAGAAAAAUGCAUCUUGAUCGAGAAAUUAACAUCGAUUCUUUGAUAAAUAUCGUAUCUUUUCUCUUUGCUAUCUCUUAUCGUCUCCUUUGCUAUCGUUUUUAUCUCUUUUCACAAAGAUAAUCGUUAACAGUAGCGAUAAAGAAUCAGAGGGAAUUGGAAAAGACACGGCUUUGGUCGCGUGCCGAUGAAAAUCGCAAUUAGUUUCGAGUACGUUGGGUUGGGUAUGUCGAAUCGUUCGGAUGUUUCGUCGAAUGCAAAUCGAUCAGUAAUUGAAUCGCGCUCCAACGUACGAUUCGCGAUAGAGAUUUAUGCGGAACGGUUCUUUAUCGAAUAUUCAAAUAUUCACGGGGCAAAGCUUUUUUGUUCGCGAAGCUAUUGCAAAAAAUAAAGUCACAGUAGUUCGUCGUUUGUAACGUCGGACUUGCAAUCACAUUUAUCCAUUAAAUGAAGUACUUUACAAAUAAUAAUAAGUCGAAUAUAUACACUUGACUCGUAAGUAUAAUAUACGUUGUAAUAAAGAAGUUUUUUUUUAGAACUGGAUGUGUUUUGAGUUUUCUAAGAAGAGACAUUAUGUCGAAGAAAAAUUAUAAAUCUUUCAUAGA